AUGUCGGCUAUAGAGCGGCAACCGUUGUUGGCUGAGAAGAUUGCCGUGAAUCACGAACUGCAGAUUAGCGACGAUGAACUUGGAUACACAAAAAGAGCUGCGAGAAGAAGCCUAGGAGAUACCCUCCGCAAAUUCGUUGUACUGCCUUUGAUCUGUGGGCUUGCCGCAUAUGGAUCAUAUACUCUUUUCAGGCAGCAUCUCCGCCCAAGCGUACCGUUUUCGUCAUCACACCAGCAUUCCGACUCCUUGAACUACACUUGCCUACCUGGGCAAUCUUGUUGGCCAACGACAGACGAAUGGAGCGCCUUCAACAAAAGCAUCAAUGGUCAUCUUAGGCUGACUGUGCCCUGGGCCGAGCCAUGCUAUCUUGACUCGUCCAGUGAAGAAUGCAAAACCGUGGCGAAAAACUAUGGCAAUGGAUUGUCACGAACAAGCCAGUACGGUUCAGGGGAGUUCCUCGAUUGGGAGAGAUGUGGUGAAUCGCAAUGCGCCCUGAACUCCUUCAACACUUCAGAUUCUGUUUCUGGUCCCUGCUCGCUCGGACGAUUCUCCUCAUACCACGUCGAAGUCAGAUCUGGAAGCGAUAUCAGUAGAACGCUGGAUUUCGUUCGCAAACAUGGUAUUCGAGUUUCGAUCAAAAACACUGGACAUGACUAUUUUGGUCGAUCCACUACUCCCAACUCUCUUGCCAUCUGGACGCACAACCUGAAAGAUACCAAAUUCCACAAGACUUUUCAGCCUCAAGGGUGUAAUACUCGCUAUGAGAACAUUGGCGAGAUUGGUGCUGGCGUGCAGGCUCAAGAAUCAUGGGAAGCUUUCGAGCCACAUGGUAUGCUCGUCACCGUAGGUGCGUCAGCAUCUGUUGGCAUUGCAGGAGGCUACGGCCAAGCAGGCGGCCACGGACCACUGGGACCCAAGUACGGGCUCAUGGUUGACCAAGCUGUCGAGUUCGACGUCAUCACUGCUGAUGGUAAACAACGCACUAUCAACGAAUGCAGUGAUCCAGACCUCUUCUGGGCCAUGCGUGGAGGCGGAGGCGGAACCUAUGCAGUACUCACGUCAUACAAGUUCCAGCUUCACCCAGCUGUUCCUAUCAACGUAUACCACUUCCAUGCCAACUUCCCAGCACCGAAGAACAUCUCCGAUUCAAAGAUUCACCAAGAUGUUCUGACUGGACUUGCCUCAAACCAAGCCCUCUUUGGCAAACAUGGUAUCGCCGGAUACAACUUUGUGCUACCAGACCACGUAAUAUUCGUGCAAGUCAUGCCAUCCAACGACACCGAAGCGAUCAAGACUAUCACUUCCGAGUGGCGCAACCUUCUUAAAAACAUCCCUGGUAUCGAGAUCACCGCCGAUGACUACUACUCAUUCGAAAAGUUCUCGCAGUGGUACGACUUCACCGAGCGACCCGAGCUCGCGCGCAAUGGAGCUGUCGGUCUAGGAUUCAAAGGCGUAGGUCGCUUCAUUCCACGCACUCUCUUUGAAUCCGAUCAGAGCAUCGAGAAACUAGUAGAAGCAGUCACGACUUCAAUGCAGUACUCAUACGCUAGACAUGGCUCAGGAGGUGUGCAGCUGUACGCUACGGGGCCUGACAACUUCCCGGACAAUGGCAAAACGAGUGUUAAUCCCAUCUGGCGAGAUUCUCUCUGGGAAAUCGUCAUGGGCCAGUUCUGGACCACCGCCACACCGCCAAAUACCCUGUCGCCAAUCCAGGACAUAGUCACUGCCAUGGUUGAGCCGCUCAAGGCGUUGACGCCCGGCGGUGGAUGCUACCUGAACGAGGGUGAUUGGGCUGAGAAGAAUUGGCAGGAGACGUUCUUCGGUGUGCAGUAUGAGAAGUUACUCGCCGUGAAGAAGCGGUACGAUCCAACCGGCUUGUUCAAUUGCUGGAAGUGCGUGGGCUGGACGGGAUAUGAUGACCCGAUGUACUCUUGCUACGCGCAGUCCCGACAUGCACCACUGCCAUCUAUACCGCUAGGCCCUCUUAACGAGUAA